GCACAAGAUCACUUCCUCUCAAAAAUCAGUAUCAAACCUCUUAGAAGAAACACCAAUAACGAUGGUGAUUACUAUUCCGGAGAUGAUGAUAACCUCUUCCGAAGGUCCCCGUCCCGUUCCCGUGAUUGCAAUGGGUACUGCAGUGGAAUCAGUCAUCACAGGCAUUGAAGUGGUGACACCAUCAACUCUGAUUGAAGCCAUUAAGGUCGGCUAUCGUCACUUUGACACAGCAGCCGUAUACCAAACCGAGAAAUCCGUAGGGGAAGCCAUUGCAGAAGCUCUCCAGUCGGGACUCAUAAAGUCCCGAUUGGGGUUAUUUAUUACCACCAAGUUGUGGUGUAACUCGUGUGACCGCCAUCUUGUUGUACCUGCCAUCAAGCAAAGUCUUAAGAAUCUGGGACUAGAGUAUGUCGAUCUGUAUCUUAUACAUUGGCCACUCAAACUUAAUAUCCAAGAUGAUUUUAAAGGCAACGUUCCGAGCGAGGGCAUAGCCGCGAUCGAUAUGAAAGCAGUAUGGGAAGGAAUGGAGGAGUGUCAAACUCUUGGACUCACCAAAUCCAUUGGUGUCAGCAAUUUCUCUUCUAAAAGGAUCGAACAAAUUCUUUCAUUUGCCAAGAUCCCUCCGGCUGUCAACCAGAUUGAGAUGAACCCACAUUGGCAACAGAAAAAAAUCAUUGAGUUUUGCAAAGUGAAUGGCAUCCUUGUAACUGCUUACUCCCCAUUAGGAGGGGCUGGCAAUAACGUAUUGGGACAUGAUCGUGUCAUGAAAUGUCAUGUUCUUCAAGACAUUGCCAAGUCUCGAGGGAAGACAUUGGCUCAGAUUUCUUUAAGGUGGUUGUAUGAGCAAGGUGUAAGUAUAGCAGUAAAGAGCUUCAACACAGAAAGGAUGAAGCAAAACCUUGACAUCUUUGACUGGACGUUGACUGAGGAGGAAUUAUACAAAAUUGACCAGAUUCCUCAGCGUAGACAUUUUUAUUUAAUUGGAACAAUGGUGACUGAGCAUAACGAUAUAAUGGCUGAGAUUGAUGCGGAGCUUGAUUGAAGAAUUGAUUUCAUUAGCAAAAGCUAGCAGAUGUUCAAGAUUAUUUAUUCUUAUGAUAUCACCACUUUGUUUGUAUGCUUAUCUACAGAUCAUUAUUUACAGAAGUAUAUUACAAUAUAUUCGAUAACUUGCAACAAUGUGAUAACUUUUGAUUGGUU